UGGCCGCUCGCUGUCCAGACCCCAGCGUCAAUGAAUAUGGAUGCUGAAAGCAUGGACUCGGAAAAUACAGAAACUGAAAAUAUGGAAACUGAAAAUACUGAACCUGAAAACAUGGAAAUUGAAACUGUUUCUUCAGUUGCUGCACUACAAGCCCUUUCUAAGCUGCUUUAUCCUGAAGAAGAGGAUUUUGAGUUCGGACAGCCAAAUUCUUCAUCUGCCAUUGGAGCAAUGGGUCCUGGGAAUAUUGGGCCACCAAAAACUGAAGUGCUCAAAGUCAUCCCGCAAACAAGUGAUGAAAAUAGAGAGAACAUCUGGAAUGCCAAUGAGGUUCCAGAAGGAGCAGAGCAUGAUGACAUGUGGGAUGCUAGAGAAAUACCAGAAUAUGAGAUUAUAUUCAAACAACAUGUGAGAACUGAAGAUAUAUUCCUAGGACUAACAAGGAAGGACUCAUCCACAGCAUGUUGUGAAGAUCUAGUGGUCAAAAUUAAACUGCCAAAUACAAACGCUUCUGAAAUUAAAAUUGAUAUCCAGGAGACGAUCCUUGACCUUCGUACUCCUAAUAAGAAGCUGAUGGUAACCCUUCCCCAUCCUGUGGAAUGCAACAAUGCCAAAGCUCUCUAUAUCCUAGAGACUGAGACUCUAGAAGUUACCAUGACUAUGAAAAGAGAACUGGAUUUUGUGAAUUUCUUCUGAAAAUACAUGAAUAAGGAGGGGAAGUGGU